GGAGUGGACUUCCUGUUGACGACUGAGGUUGUGCGCAUGCGCGGAGCGGUUGGUAACAUCUGUCACAUCUUUUGUUUGGACAGAUUCAUUCAAGAAGCUCAGCUAAACGGUACGGAAAUACGCAACGAAGGUUUCCCUCAACAUGACGUCACGCGUUGGUCUCAGAGCUGCUGGUGCCAAUGGAAGUGUGUACAGACACAAAGAGAGGGUGGCCCCAUCUUACCAAAUGAGUGCCUCCCUGAAGUCAGAGGUGCGCAAGUUAAACCUGGUCCACCUUCUCCUCUGGCUUCUGGUGGCGGCACAGGUGACUGUCAGCCACUUAAACCUGGUGUCACAUGACACAGUAUCCAUGCCGUACCAGUGGGAGUACCCCUACCUGCUCAGCUUCCUCCCUCUGCUCUGCAGCAGCUUGUCACUGCCAAAGAACAAUAUCAGUUACCUGGUCAUAUCCAUGAUCAGUGCAGGGUUGUUCUCCGUGGCGCCUCUCAUUUAUGGUGGAAUGGAGAUGUUUCCUGUGGCGCAGCAGCUCUACCGCCACGGAAAGGCCUACCGCUUCAUUUUUGGCUUCUCUGCAGUGACUGUUAUGUACCUCAUCAUGGUGGUUGCUGUUCAAGUGCACGCCUGGCAGUUAUAUUACAUGAAAAAGCUGUUAGACUCAUGGUUUGACGCUACUCAGGAGAAGAAGCAGAAAUAAUGGCGUGAAGAAAGCUGUGACUGGGCAAAACUGUUUUUAUCUUAAUUUAUUUACAAGUUAUGCAUCUUAAUCAUGUCUAUUUAUUUAGUCAUUAUCAUGUAAUAUUGUACCUUAGACACCGGUGUUCCCUGACAUUUAUAUGUAAAACGGAGUGAGAUGAACAAUUUAUGCAGGAACCUGGAUUUUCUUGUCACCGUUAUUUAUUUAAAGCAGAUUAAAGUGUUUUGCACACAAGCAGGAGUGGCAUCAAAGCAACAUCAACAAACAUGGCAGCAUUCAAGGACAUCCUUGUUAUCUCUCAAAAAAUGAUUUGACUUCAAGUUCUUUUAUUUAUUAUAUAACAAUUAUAGAGAAGCAGUUGUCUGCAAUGAAAAUCUUUAAAGGGAGCACCACCUAAAUUAUGAAUUCAUAUAUGCUUUUUCCAUGGCCAAGUAAAGUUUAGCCAAUAUUUGAGAACAUGAGCUGCCCCCUCUCAAAGCCAGAAACCUGAGAAGUAAGUCUCGAGCUUGUGAUGUCACAGGGUAUCAAGUCUGGAGCUGCUCCAUAGAUAAUAAAUAGGAGCCUGAUUUUUGUGGACCCACAGGAUGUUUGUUUUGUUUUGUCAUAUCCAAAUGUGCAUUAUUCUAUUGUAGUGUUCUCAGCUCUGAACCUGAGAAUAUACCGAUAUACUUAGAACAUUCCCCUGGGUGCUCUCAGUGUCAUCUGUAACAUCUUCAUCAUUUAUUGUCUAUGGAGCAUCACAGAAUUGAGAUUUAGUUCUCUAGUUUUUGGAUUUGGGGGAGAAUUUUUCAUUUCCACUAAUAUAUUUGGACUGUCUUAGACCAUAGGAAUAACAUGCAUGAAUUUUGAAAAUGGGUGAAGCUCCCCUCUUAGAUUCAGGCUUCCUCCAGUGAUGCUCAUGAAAUAUGUAUGAAAGAAAAAUAGUGCAAGUUAAAAUAAGGGAUAGGAGAUACAAAGAAAUAGAAAUGUAAAAUAUGAAUAUAUACUGUUUGUGUUAAAUGAUUUAGCUUCUGCUGCAGAUGUGCUGAUGCUGCCUCCUUCAUUAAGUCUACCUCUCACUAUGUCCUCUUUUACCCCACAGAAUUAAUUUAAGCCAUUAAAAAAGAAAGGUGGUAAUUUAAAUAUCUGCCUGUACUGUUCUGUUUUCAGGUAUUCUCAUUCGUUAUCAUAAAGCAAGUGUACAUGCAUAGAACAUGCAUUGUAAACCAAAUAAAAAAUAAGAUGAAUACUCUUCAA